AAUUAUAUGAUCUAUUGUCUUUUUUUAUGGAGAUCUGUUGUUAGUUUUGUUAGUUUUACAAUUUAUAUAUAUAUAUUUACUAGAAAAUCACAUGAUUUUGACUUUUUUCCUGUAGAUCUGAUAUAUAUAUAUAUAUAUAUAUUGUCGUACCUUUUUUAUCCUUCUUUUCUGGUAUAAUUCCCUUUUAAUUUUGGGUGAGUUUCCGUCAAAUGGACGGAUCUUGCUAUUUUAAUUUUACUGUUUGUGUUCUUUUUCUUGGUAUUUCUAUUCGGUUUUUACAGGGAUAGAUAUGGCGUUUUUGAUUUAUUUGUCUGAAUUCUCAAGAAACCACCACAUGAUGAGUGUAACACGAAGACCUAUACAUAUGGCUGUUUGUGGGCGUCUAUCUAUGGUGGCUUGGAGUUCCGAAUGAUUGUGAAUUCAAGGUUGCUAAGUCGUAUAGAUGCGUAAGCUGAAGACUAAUCAUAUCAAGUGUAUGAUGAUGGGAUAGCUGGUUUUGUGUUUGGAUGAUGUAAAGGCAUCAGGAAGGAUGGCUCAGGAUUGAUUCAUUGAUGUUGUGUGAUCCACCGACCUUUGCCAUGACAGGUGCGCUUGCAUGGCAGGUCAACCUUACCCUAAUAAAAAUAUUCAUUUUUUGGUUUCGGGGGAGGUCGCACCGGGAUUUUGCCCGGGGUCUCCUCCACUGUGUGUUGUGUGUGUUUUUGUGUUUCUUCUCCCAUCUUCUUUCCUCCUUUUGGCUCCUGGUAUCUCAAUCUCGUACGCAAAGCAAUUACGAGCAACAAUAGCAACAGAUCAUGCCAAAGCAACGAUACAUCUUCAGCUGUCCGGUCGUGGUGAAGGUGGAGUUGAAGAGCUGAGGAACGUGGAAAUUCUACCUCAACCUCACUUUAUUCAUGAAUUUGGUGGAUAUGCCAAUCCUUUCUUUAAAACACCCAGAGUUGUCAAAGAAACUCAUCAGAGAUUGUCAUCAGACUUGCAACGACUACAAUUGCAUUGGUACAACUGUUAUUCAUGCCAAUCCUUUGUGUUAAUUCAUUCCAGUUAAGUCUCCAUUUGUUAUAUUCCUUUGGCCAUCAUAAAAUUUACAGUUCUCAAUGUUUGUUUUAUUGCGAGGUAUAUUUUUGAUAGAGAACUGAUUUGGAUUAUAUUUUUAAGUUCUUGUAUUGUAUGUUUUAUGGUUUUUCAUUCUUAGUAUAUGUAUGUAAGAAAAUGUGGGUUAUUCUGGUCGUUUUCUGGUUA